AUGCAAUUAUAUAAUGGGGCAAUGUUAACAUCUGCUAGAACUAAUAUGUUUAUAGUGCCAGCUAUAGAUAAUAGUCCUAUAAGAGAUUUAAUUUAUUUUCCAUAUAACGGGUAAGUAGGGCAUGUCGCCGUUCCUUUACAUGGUACAAUAAUGAUUGAAUUUAUAUAAUCAUAUUUAAUAAAUAAGAUUAGAUUUUGGAUGUACGAUUACGAUAGUAGGAUAACCCAUAUGCAAGUAUUUGCAAUUGGAGAUGAUAGAAUGACAGAAACACUAAUAUAUGAAGGUUCAGCCCCUCCAGGUGUAAUGUCUGUCAAAUUUGAUUAAUAAUAAGUCUCAAAAUUAAAAUUCUACAACUAAAACGGAAAUACCUUAUAUGAGCAUAUGUCAACAUUAAAGAUUUAAGCUUAUUAUGCUUUCUAUUGA